UCUUUGCGGUAAAAAAGAAAAAAACAGCUGAAACGGAACGGCAACAAAACACGGUCGAAUGGAUUUUCAAUAAAUUGAAAAAAAGGAAAAAAUUGUUAAGAUUCCGUAAAAUAUUUUUUGUCCAAAAUCAAAAUUAAAAGAAGAAGGAAAAAAUCCUUAAGGUCAAGACAAGGACAGGAAAAAAUUUCUUUUUUAUAUACACAAGAAAAGAAAAAAGUAAAACCCGAAAAUGUCAAAUUUACAAAGAACUUUAUUGAAAGGUCGUUUGCCUCCAACCAUACCCAGCGGUCGCAUCGGAAGAAGCGAUUCCUUUAAAAAGUCGCGUAUACGGGACUUUAAACCAUCAAUGUGGAAUCAAUUCUUUGCUGAGAAGCAAGACGUUGUUAUCGAUGAUAAGCGCACCUUUUGCAUCUAUCGUACUAAAGAGCCAGAAAAGCCGGGACCGGUUUUGUUGCUGUUACAUGGCGGUGGCUAUUCAGGAUUGACUUGGGCACUUUUUUGUUCUGAAAUCACGACCAUGAUACACUGUCAGUGUUUAUCUAUCGAUUUGCGCGGUCACGGUGAUACACACACAGAUGAAGAUGACGAUUUAUCGGCUGAUACCUUGGCUAAAGAUAUCGGUGACUUGAUCCUGAAAUUAUAUCCGGAAAGUAUGCCACCUGUCUAUGUUGUGGGACACUCGAUGGGUGGAGCGAUUGCUGUGCAUUUUGCCCAUAUGGAAUUGAUACCAAAUUUAGUUGGUAUCACUGUUAUCGAUGUAGUCGAAGGUACCGCUAUGGAGGCAUUGGCCAGUAUGCAAAGUUUCUUGCGUUCACGACCACAAUAUUUUAAAAGUAUUCCAAAUGCCAUUGAAUGGUGUAUACGCAGCGGCCAAAUACGCAAUGUAGACAGUGCUAAAAUCUCUAUGCCGGGUCAGAUAAUCAAUUGCACAACGAAAAAACUCGCUACAAAUGAACUACCACUGUCAGCAGAGGAAGAAGACAGUAGUGCUUCUACACAGAAAUUUAUGCAUCACUUUAGUAUAUCUGAAGAUGAAGAAAUUACUAAUGAAACUAAUGCAGAAAGCAAUAACGUGACUCCAGAGAAUCCAGAUUUUAAGAAACCCCCAACUACUAACGAAACGGAUAACAAAAAAUAUACUUGGCGUAUCGAUCUUUCGAAAUCUGAGAAAUAUUGGGUCGGAUGGUUUUCGGGCUUAAGCGAGAAAUUUUUGAAUUUGCGUUUACCGAAACAAUUGCUAUUGGCCAGCAUUGAUGGCCUGGAUAAAACCUUAACCGUUGGUCAAAUGCAAGGCCGCUUCCAAAUGCAAGUGUUAGGUCGCUGCGGCCAUGCUGUCCACGAAGAUCGUCCUCAUGAAGUUGCCGAAGUAUUGAGUGCUUACCUUAUAAGAAAUCGUUGCGCUGAGGCGGCUGGUGAAAUCCGUUGCCAUAUGCCAGCCUGUUGAAUCUAUUUUUUUUUUCUCACACAAUCAGCAGCAAAAUAUUUUAUUGUACACACUCAUCCUCUGUCCACCAUUACACUAUCAAUUUAAUUUAUCAUAUUUAUACCUGUCACUUAGGGGAGGCGACUAACUAACUUUAACCCACCCAUAAUACCGAUAAAAUGGGAAUCCCAUUGAAUGCAUAUUUUUUUUAUUAGCUUGAACUUUUGAAUGUUAUUUAACACGUGUACCUUUUUGCUGUUGGUGAUCGCAAAGACGUAAAAAUUGAGAAAAGACGUAAUUAAGAAAGAAAAAAAAUUAUUAUAAAUAAAAAUAAAUUUGAAAGUUAUCAGAUGCGUGGGAAUAACUUUUAUAGAAAUGAUACCGAACCAGCUCCUUGGAGAACAUGUAACAAAUUGAAUGUGAAUCUGCAAUCCUAGGUGACAGGUAUCGAAGAAUCGCCCUGUGGUGGGUUUUAUUUUUAAUUUUAUAUAAACUAAAAAAAUUCUACAAAACAAAAAAAGUUUAUAAAAACUAAUAUAUAUUCCGAGUAUUUAUUCUAGCGGCGUUAAUAGUAUAAAUAAUAAAACGACCAAACGCAACGAUUCAAAAGCUUCAUUU